GGCCGCUGCACAACCGCCGGCGAGCGGAAAACGAACGUUUGUGACACGAACUGGCAGAGGGAUGCACAUGGACUUUCUCCGCAGGCAGGGAUUACUAAAUACAGCUCGUUGUGGAUGGAUUUUGUCGAUCAGCAUCGUAUUAUCUAAUUUAAUUUAAAUUUGGUGUCGCUUCUUUGGAGGUGAGCCAGGUUGCAGUGACAUGGUAAUAUUUUUUGAAUGGCACCGGACAGCUAUGGACCAGAAGAGCGGCGGUGGAUUGCCAUUGACUGGUGAAGAUACUGGUUUGGGGGCUUUGGCCUCACCGCUGGCGGGGUAUUUGGGAAAAGUUCAGGAAAGAGCUGCUUCACUGGAGUAUUGUCCCUGGUGUACUUCGAAGGGCUUGACCUAUGCUCUGCGCUCUUACCGCAUCAACCUCCAGGAGUCGAUCACCCUCUGCACAAACUCACAGUGUCUUUUCCCUCUGGUCAGUCGGCCCUUGGAGGAUGUUUUGGCUAGCUUGGAUCCCGUGGAGCCCACUGUUGGGAACAAAAGAAAAAAUGCCUUGUCACUGGAAAAAGAAGAGUUGAUUAAACCCGUGCACAAACGUCUGCGAUCAAGUGAACUUGACAGUCUUUGGCCACCAAGUAUUACUGACACACUUAUCGGCCCAGUGGAGUAUGGUGCAGCAAACGUUAUCUGUAAUGGCCAAUGUGCAGCACCAAAGACAGAUGGUGAAAAGGUAAAUGGAUACAGCAGGGAUUCUCCAGUUGCAGGGACAACAGGAUGGGAAUCACUACAAGAUGAGGAUUAUAUCCUGGACAAGGAACCAGAGAAUGCCUCUUGUACAGAUGGUUUUGCUCGCACUACAUAUGCAGCUUCAGCUGGACACCUGCAGUGCUCAUCAGAAGCCUUGUUGACCGCUGACACGGAUGAGCCUGCACUCUCUCUUCACUGUGGUACAGAGGAUGGCGAUAGGCAGGUGAAGAGUCCUCCUGAGGUGCUGAACAGACCCUGCAUUCCGGACUCCAAUCAGUCCUUUAUCACACAUGAUGAUAUCCAUUCAACUGAAGUCAUUGCUCCAUCGCCUCAGCACAAUGAGCAGCCAGCAAGGCCGGAACAGAAACCACCGACUGCAGACAUCACCACAUGUAAGGAUGUAAGAAGCAUUAAAUCCGAAACUCAGGAUUUGUCCGUGGAGUCAGAUGAGCUUGUGCAUGUUCCGAAUCAGCUUUUCUGGAGGAACAGUGACAGCCUGUGUUGGCUGGACUCGCUGCUUGUUGCUUUGGUAAACUUUAAGAGCUUGAGAAAGUGUAAACCUAAAUAUGAGCCUCAGCGGUCGUCUGUCUGGCGGCUGAUGAGAGGAUAUGAAGACAUUUGUGCUGCCAUUCAAGUCCACCAGCAAACAGGCAGAGAUGGUGUGGCAAGGGUGCCAAAACUUGUGUUGCAAAAGGCCAAUGCAGAUCUACAGAGUCUUAGGAUGUCAAUCUUCAAACUACUUAAGACCAAGCUGCAUUGCAAACUGGGUAAGAGGGAAACUCCGGUUUUUGCCAUGCCGCUUCUGCUUACAAUGGACUCAUGGGUGGAGCCACUCUUCCAGUCGACAUUUCACUGGGAGUUCAAAUGCAGUGAAUGUCAGGUUGCCACGACAGAAAGGGUUAUGAAAACUCUCCCCACCUUCACAAAUAUUUUGCCUGACUGGCACCCACUUCGUGCGGUCCACUUGGCUCCGUGCAAUGUGUGCUGCAAGACAAAUCAGAGACGAACUAUGGUGCUGGAGAGAGUGCCUCCAGUGUUUCAGCUGCACUUUGUAGAGGGGCUUCCUGACAAUGACGUCAGACUCUACACCUUCACCUUCAAUGGGAAACGUUACUCGAUCACCACUGUCAUACAGUACAUCCAUCAGCUGAAGCACUUUGUCACCUGGGUUUGUAAUUCUGAUGGCUCAUGGCUGGAAUAUGACGACUUACAGCAUCCCCACUGUAAGAGCCAUCGAAAGCUCCUGGUCCCUGCUCAGGAGAUGCACGUUGUCUUCUGGGAGGUGCAGGAGGAUAAAGAGCCCUGUGCUCCGUCCAGCACAUUUGCUCAAUCUCCCACAUCUAAAAAUGAGAUGAAGCCCAGUCUAGGGGACAAAGACUUGAUGGCAGAUGAACUUGUACCUUGCACUCCAGAUCAGUCUCUUUUGUCUCCCAAUGACACGGACAUCGUCUGCGCACUUUCAGCAUCUGAAGACAGCAGCAACAUCAUGGACACAACAGUCACAGCUGGUGUUGAUGCAUCGAUGGGCUCCACAACACUGCUUGACACCUUCGAGGGCCUCAGCCAUGAUGACAUCAUUACACUCACACUGGUGGAGUUGAAAGCUGAUUCCGAAAUGCAUCCUUUAAAUGACAACGAACAAGCUUUGCAAGACGAGCAAGAUUUGAGCGUUCCCAGCAGGAAUAAAGUACUCGACCCUACACCGGACAGCUCCUCCACUGCAAUAGCUAGUGAAAUGUCUCACGGCCCUGACGUUGAGCUCCCCACCGCCUCCAGCUCAUGCGAAUCUGAGGGUGGCUCGUCUAGCGAUCCUACAUUCGUGCCUGGUGCCAGGAGAGGACGAGGGAGAGGAACUGGCAGAGGCAAUGUUGUUAGCAGACAAGCAGGUAAAAAGGCAUCCUUGUCCAAAGCAGCUCCACAUAUUUCACCACCUGCGUCUUCAGAGCCCUCUGUAGUGAUCAAUAACAAACCUGUGGGUGCUGCUGCUCAUGUUAACACGUCUGUAACUACAAAACAAGCACCCUGUGUGUCUUCUACAGACACUUCACCUCUGUCCAAUAGUCAGAAAACUCCCACAGUGCCGCCAACACUAGAUCAGAAUGCCCGCUGGUCCUUCCUGCUCAGCAAACACCCACUACACCAGGUUCACAAUUCGGUCGUAAAACCUGACCCCAUCCCGGUCACAAAAGUAAAGCCCACUCCUCCCAUUCACUCUACCCCCAACCUUGUGAGAAGACAGCAGAUUCCUGGUGGACUCCUCCCUAAACCACAGCUCAAGACAGAGGAGAGUGAGGGUCUGCCACUAAAAGCUGCAGAAAUGUACGGCGCAUUCGGUGCAAAGAGCUCAAAUACCCCGAGUCCGCUCCCAUCAGCUGCACUUCCCAAAGGCACAUCAUAUCUGUUUCAACCUAUAACCCCCGAACACCUGAAAUCACUAACAAACUGUACAGUGGUGUCAUCACUUCCUACGCCUGGAGCAAAGGUGCUCCCUGAAAUAAUAUCCUCCUCAAAGAAACAUAGCAGCCAGUCCUCAAAGGUUCCUCCGGGUCUCAGCGAUACUGAAGCCCUCCGGUACAAGCUGAUAAAGAAACUGAAGGCAAAGAAGAAGAAGCUCGCUAAGCUGAAUGAAAUGUUGCGUCAUCAGGGGGGAGCCAGCCUCCGACCGGACAGCACUGCCCUUUGCUCUCCAAACACAGUUACCUCAAGUACAUUUGACGGCUCCGUCUGCGAUGACUUCCUUUCAGACCUACUCUCGCCAGCAACCACAGCCAGCAACCUCUCACCGGACAGCACUGGCUUCCUUGAGAUGCUCGCCAAAGGGCGAGAUGGGGUAGACCAGUUGGACUCUGGGGUCAACGCUGCUGGUGCAAUGUCACAGGUGAACACUUGUAUGAACGAACCCAACACCGACAACUUCCUGGAUGACUUUCUCUCGCAGGCUGUGGCCCAGAGACAGACUGACAUGGAGACCGAGGCACUCAGUGCACUUGAUCUGUUCGUUUAAGCCGCGGGGGUGGAUGUUGUCUGCAAGCUCCAAGCACAGAUAACAAUUAACCUCGACACUGGUAUCACAAGAGAAUUAUGCAAAAUUAACUUGUUUCACAAUCCACAGUCCUAAUCCACAUGAAGGUGCAAGUUUAAAGUUAUCAAAUGUGCGUUAAGCAAAUGUUGCUAUUAAUUUAGGUGGGUUAAUUAAGUUUGUGUGUAUGUAUGUUGAACCUUCAGGUUGAGUUUGGCAAAGUUUGGCACUUUGUAGCGUAUGUAUUGUGUGUAACCGGGUUGUAUGAAGACCAUGAUGUUUACAGUCAAAGCUGUUGGUUUGCUCUGUUUUGUUGUUUUGACAAAUGACUUGAAAGUUCUCCAUAUAAAAUUUUUUUCAUGUCAUUUAAUAAAUACUUUAGAUGACUCUA